UCUGACUUCUGAGUCUGUGUCUGAGUGAACAGUUAGCACAGAAACAGGAAUUUUGAUAUCAUGUCAGAUUCUUUCCUAAUCUGUUCCUAAUUUUUCUGUUUGUCUCUUUUUUUAAGGCCGGCAGUGGCAGUGGCAGUGGUGGAUUUGGAACUGUAGUUUGUUGCAACAAGUUGUUCAACUGGUUGUUGUUGGAUUUUGAUUCAUGGAGGUCAAAUUUGGAGGGAAGAAUGAAUGUUUGUGUUGACCUGUGGUGUCAGAAAUGAAGGGUGUUGAGAAUGGGAAGAGAAGUUUGGAAUGGGAUUUGAAUGAUUGGAAAUGGGAUGGUGAUCUUUUCACUGCUCAACCACUCAAUUCAGUGCCAUCAGAUUGUAGGAGUCGCCAGUUACCCCCAAAUCAUCCUGAAAUUCCUGCAAAAAUUGCUAAUCCAUGUAUCAACUCAGAGGAAGGAAAGAGAGAAUUGGAGAAAAGGAGGAGAGGUGUUAUAGAUGAAGGUGGUUCUCUUAAUUUGAACCUUGGGGGUCAAGUUUACCCUGUCAUGGUGGAAGAGGAGGAAAAAAGUGGAAAGAAGACAAAGGUAAUUGGGACUUCUACAUCUAACCGUGAUGUUUGUCAGGUGCAAGAUUGCGGUGCUGAUCUUUGUAAUGCCAAGGAUUACCACAGGAGGCACAAGGUUUGUGAUAUGCAUUCUAAGGCUACUAUGGCACUAGUUGGAAAUGUUAUGCAGCGUUUCUGUCAACAGUGUAGCAGGUUUCAUGUUCUUCAAGAGUUUGAUGAAGGUAAGAGAAGUUGUCGUAGGCGUCUGGCAGGCCACAAUAAGAGGAGGAGGAGGAGAACUCAUCCUGAUGCUACUCUAGUUAAUGGAGAUUCUGUGAACGAUGAAAGGGGCAGUAGCUAUCUGUUAACGACGCUGAUACGAAUACUGUCCAAUAUGCACUCAAACGACUCAGAUCAUACAAGGAACCAGGAUAUUAUCUCUCAUCUGCUUAGGAACCUAGCAAGUCUGGCUGGUACAAUUAAUGGAAGAAGUGUAGCCUCCUUACCGGAGGGAUCUCAAGGUGUGGUAAAUGCUGGGACACCUGGAGCUGUGCAUCCAGAAACCUCCAGGCCUUCCGGUUCGUCCAUCAAGACAGAUAAUGGCUUCAUCUGUCAGGACCCUCCAAAGUCUGUGGCACAAUGUGAGGCAGUGCCUGCUUAUGGUAUGACACAAAAAUGUAUACCUUCAGGUGAUGGUAGAGUAGGAAAUUGCAAACCUCCUUCGGGAGCACAACCCUCGAAUGUACUUCUAUCAAGGGAUAGCCUUCCAUCCCAAUUAAUUGCGGCAGAGACUACAGUUGGAAGGGACAACUUAAAUAACAUUGACCUGAAUAAUGUAUAUGAUGAUAUACAGAAUAGUGUUGAAAAUUCUAAGAAGUCUUAUCCUCCUGUGGCUUCAAAGAUUGGAUCUAUUGAUCCUCCUUUGUGGUUGCAAUCUGACUCUCUCAAGUCAAGUCCACAACUGACUAGUAGAAAUUCAGAUUCAACCUCUACCCAAUCACCAUACAGUUCCAGUGGAGAAGCUCAGAGUCGCACAGAUCGAAUUGUUUUUAAACUCUUCGGCAAGGAUCCAAAUGAUUUUCCCCUUGUUCUCCGAUCGCAGAUCCUCAACUGGUUAUCCCACAGUCCCACAGAGAUAGAGAGCUAUAUAAGGCCAGGCUGUAUCUUGUUAACAAUAUAUCUCCGUCUGGAAAAGUCUGCAUGGGAGGAGCUCUGCUGUAACCUAGGAUCCAGCUUGAGAAAGCUUCUUGCUGCAUCAAAUGAUUCUUUUUGGAGAACAGGAUGGGUAUAUGCAAGGGUGCGGCACUCUGUAGCUUUUCUGUAUAAUGGUCAGGUUAUCUUGGAUGUGCCCUGGCAUUUUAAAAGCCCACAAAAUUUUAGGAUUUCAUGCAUUAAACCACUUGCUGUUCCUGCAAGUGCAAGUUCUCAAUUUAUUGUGAAAGGAUUCAACCUUUUGCGGUCUAGCACAAGGUUGCUCUGUGCACUUGAAGGGAAGUAUCUGGUAGAUGAUAGUUGUCAUGAUUUGAUUGGUGGAGCUGAUGCAGCCAUUCAGCAUCUCAGCUUCUCUUGUCAUAUACCCAAUGUAACUGGGAGGGGAUUUAUUGAGGUGGAAGAUCAUGGCUUUAGCAGCUGUUCCUUUCCAUUUAUAGUUGCAGAGCAAGAAGUUUGUUCAGAGAUCUGCAAGCUGGAGAAUGUGAUUGAGGCAGCUGAGACCACUGAUGACAUCCAGAUAAAAAACAAACUAAUGGAAGAAAAGACUCGAGCUUUGAAUUUCUUACAAGAAAUGGGUUGGCUCCUGCAUAGAAGUCAUGUGAAAGUUAGGCUAGGUCCCAUGGCUCCUAUCCAUGAUCUCUUGCAUUUCAAUCGGUUCAUGUGGCUUGCUGACUUCUCCAUGGACCAUGGUUUGUGUGCUGUGAUGAAAAAACUUUUGGACAUUAUAUUUGAGGGCGGUGUUCAUGCAGGAGAGCAUACCUCCAUUGAGCUUGCAUUGUUAGACGCGGGCCUUUUACAUGGAGCUGUAAAGAGAAAUUGUAGGCCUAUAGUGGAACUACUGUUAAAAUAUGCCCCAAUUAAAACUUCAGAUGGUGCAGAUUGUAAAGUGAAGCAAGUUGACAAGGCCCCUGAUGGAUUCGUAUUUAGACCUGAUACUGUUGGCCCCGGUGGGUUGACUCCCCUUCAUGUUGCAGCAAGUAUGAGUGGCUCGGAGAAUGUGUUGGAUGCGUUAACUGAUGAUCCGGGAAUGAUAGGAAUUGAAGCAUGGAAAAGUACCCGGGACAGUACAGGUUUAACACCCAACGACUAUGCAUGCAUAAGGGGAUAUUACUCCUACAUUCAACUUGUCCAGAGGAAGACCUGCAAAAAACGUGAAAGACAACAUGUGCUUGAUAUCCCUGGUAGUACCCUUGUAGACAGUAACACAAAGCAGAAGCAAUCAGAUGGGCAUAGGACAUCUAAAGUUUCAAGUUUUCAGACGGAGAAGAUUGAAACCACAGCAAUGCCACCACGUCAAUGUAGGCUAUGCCAGCACAAGGUGGCUUAUGGAGGCAUGAGAACAGCACUGGUUUAUAGGCCAGUCAUGCUCUCAAUGGUGACCAUAGCAGCAGUCUGUGUCUGUGUGGCUUUACUCUUCAAAAGCUCACCUAGAAUUUCCUAUGCGUUCCAGCCCUUCAACUGGGACUCAUUGGAGUACGGGGCAAUCUAAUGUUAUGUUGUAUAUCAGGAGUCAUUAGCAGUAAAUAGGCCUGCACAUUUUCUUUUUUCUUUUUUUGGUUUUGUGAAACUCUGAA